AAAGGUUAUUGGAACGCCUAGAUUACUAUUAAACCACAGCGGACAAUUGAGACAGAAUGUCUUCAAAGAAAGUGCAAAGUAUUCAUGUCUUACAUUUUAUUUUGAUUGUUUGCUGCUUCAAAAUAGGAUUGUAUCAAGCCUUAUCAACAACUGAUGGAACAACGAAUCACAUAAAAUUAAAUGUUCUGACUAUCUCUGCUGCCUCAAUGUCCAGUUCAACAGAGAAUAUGAAUUGUGAAAACUUGGAGUACGUGCAUAAUAUUGGCAACAAAGCUUAUUACAAUUGGUAUGUUGGUUUUAAUGACUGGUACAACAGCACAUUUUGGGGAGGUCACGUGCAGAUUCCCUGGAAAGGAAGUUUAGACAAAGGUUGCUCAAAAUGGCCAAAUAGUACGCUUGCAAUGUUAAAUGAGAAACACGUGGAUAUAGCAGAAAUAGGCGAGGAUGUUAUUACAAUGAAAGCUUGCAUAUUGAAUCACACUGAUGAAUGCAUUAGCAAUUUCACUGUGGAAAUGAGAACUUGUAAUGGUCACUUACUAUACAGAUUUGUAAGGGAUUAUGACAGCAACAUUCACUACAGUACUUACAUAUGUUUCGAGAGGAUACCACACCUAAAAAUGUCCCAGUCAGGCUAA